AUGGGCGAUCAUCGGGCACUUUUGGCAGCCAAGAACGGGGACCUGACCGCUUUAAAGCAGCUUUUUGAGGAUGGCGUCCUGGAUCAGACCGUCACAGACUCCCUGGGGGCUGGCCUGGUGCACCACGCCUCCAGAGCAGGCCAGCUGGAGUGCCUGAAGUUCCUGGUAGAGUGCGUCAAGAUUCCAGGGAAUCAGCGGGCUAAGAACAGAGCAACUCCAGUGCACGACGCAGCAGCCAUGGGCCACCUGGCUGAGCUGCAUUGGCUCGUCCGAGAAGGGGGCUACCGUGCCCAGGAUCAGGAUGUGUCAGGGGUCUCCCCACUGCACCUUGCUGCACGCUUCGGGCACCCUGUGUUGGUGGAGUGGCUGGUCCAGGAGGGCUGCGAUGUCUCCCUGGAGACCCUGGAGGGAGCACUUCCUAUACACUAUGCUGCGGUCAAGGGGAACUUGACCUGCCUGAAGCUGCUGGUCGCUGCAGACAAUAGGUGUGUGAACAGGCGGACCCAGAGCGGAGCCUCCCCUCUCUACCUGGCCUGCCAGGAAGGCCACUUACACAUCGUCCAGUUCCUAGUGAAGGACUGCGGGGCUGAUGUGCACUUGCGGGCCCACGAUGGCAUGACCGUGCUGCAUGCAGCUGCCCGCAGCGGCCACUAUUCCCUUGUGGUCUGGUUGGUCACAUUCACAGAUAUCAGCCUGAUGGCUCGAGAUGAUGAGGGAGCUACAGUGCUCCACUUUGCAGCCAGGGGGGGUCACGCACCCAUUCUGGAUCGGCUUCUUCUGAUGGGUGCCCAGAUAAUCCGAGAUCACUGGGGAGGGACCCCUCUCCAUGAUGCAGCAGAGAAUGGGCACCUGGAGUGCUGUCAGACCUUGGUUUCGCACCGGGUGGAUCCUGCCCUUCAGGACGGCGAUGGCUACACCGCGCUGGACUUGGCAGUAUAUAACGGCCACCAGGACUGCUCUCGGUACCUGCUGGAGGUGCAGAAGCUGGGUCCGUACCUCCUUCGCAUCUCCUGCUGGGCCCUGGUGUUGGAGGGGCUCCGGUCUCCUGGUCAGUUGGAUGCCAGCCCCACGCACCUGCAGAGGCCCUACACCCCCGUAAAUUCUAAGAAUCAUGGAAGUACCAGAGCUCAAAGAGAUGCUGGCAUUCAUGUAGGUCGGCCCCCUCAUCUGACCCAGGAAGAAGCUGCUGUCCAGCCCGGAGAGGGCAGUAGAUUGGUUCCCUGGGGCCAUCCUGGAAGAUCUGACCUUUGGUGCUCCCAGGAUUGGCAGUUUCUCCCAAGGGAGGCCACCAAGCUCCCUCCUGACAGCUUCGGGAGGAGGCUGGUGCACGGCAUAAGGGGCUGGCCAGGUGUGUCCAGGCUGGUGGGCUGGGAGGUCCAGCUUCUCCUCCUCGUGGGAUGGUUCUGCUCUCCCCGGGCUCCUGGUCAGGUGGAUUCCUGGAAGGCCGGCUUCCUCCACUCCCCUGGGGUCUCUUCCCCAUAUCCUGCUCCUCCAGAUCCCUUUGUGGUGAUUCACACUUGGACAGUCCUAACAUCCGAGCAUCACCCCUGCCACCCCAGCCUCUGUAUCCUGGAGCUGCUCGGAGGUGUCUACACAGGACUCUCAGAGUGGAAGAAAAUGGAACCAGACGACGACACCAAGGAUGGCCUCGUCUCACUUCCGCUGGAUGAACUGAACCCAUCAGACAUUGAUGCUCUGGUGCCCACUGAGGAUGAGAAUGGCCACCCUAUCCCGGAAUGGAAACGGCAGGUGAUGGUGCGAAAGCUGCAGGCCCGCCUUCAGUCAGAGGAGAUGACAGAAUGGAAGAACAGCGGAGGUGACUCCAUAGAGAUGGGGGACUGGAGGUACUCGCAGACCCACAACGCCAUCCUGGGUCCCUAUGGGGAGCUGCUGACAGAGGAUGACCUGGUGUACUUGGAGAAGCAGAUCGAGAACCUGCAGAUGAGGAAGAAGUGCCAGGAGUAUGAGACCGAGCUGGGGCGCCUGGCCGAGGAACUCCAGAGCCUCCUCCCCGCUCCCAUCGUCAAUAUAACCGUCAACAGCCACUUCCUGAGCCGCAAUCCAGAAAAGGAAGCGUCUUCUCCUCCAGCCACGGCCGUGGAGGGAAGUCACACGCUGCCGCACUGGUGCAGCCACAUGUCGGGGCUGGUGAAGAGCAUGUCGGUGCUGCUGAAGAACAUGAACGGCCUGGCCAGGCUGAAGGAGACCCCCGCCCCCAAAACCUCAUUCGAGGUCAGGGGGGGUGUCGUGGGCCCCUCGGGGAGCGUGGCGGAGAAGGAGAUCCUGGAGUGUGGCGUAUCGGUGAGAAGCCUCAGGGAUAACUUUGAGAAGCAAGUAAAUCCAAGGCUGCCCUGUGGAGUGAGGGUCCUCUCAGAGAAGUGUCCAGGGGCCUCGUGGGAAGCCGGUGCUACCAUCACAUUCCCCAGGGCGCAGAGGAACGCUCAGGCCGGUGAGAGGCAAGUGUCCGGGGACCCUGAAGAGGCCAGUGACUCGGGCAUCAGCUGCGAGGAGGCUUCCUCUGAUGUGGGCACCUGCUCCAUCGCUGUGCCUGAUUCCUCCAGCCUGAGGAAAGAGCGGAUCGUCAUGCUCUUUCUGAGUCACUGGAAGAAGUCAGCCUACACCCCUGCCCUGAAGACGGCAGCCAGGAGGACCCUGGAGUCGUCCAAGGCUGGCCUUCCCCAGGCGCCUGCCGUGGCCGCCCGAAUGGAGCCGCUGCCACUUCCUGGAGCGUUUCCCCUUCGCGGGCCCAGCAAGUUCAGCCACCUGCUCCAGCAGAGAAGCGUCAUCUCCCACCUGCUGGGCCACUGGAAGGAUGUCAUCUCUCACGUGCCCCCGCGGCAGAUCCGACGGCUGAGCCGCCAGCCGGUCACGUACUCCCCCGAGAUGUUCCUGCCCUACGUCAACGGGGCCCCCGUGGACUACCACAGCCUCACCUUGGACCUCUUCAUGCUGGGAUACUUCCAGAUCCUGGAGCAGGACCUGCCCCCCGAAGAGCGUAAGAUGAGACACCUGCUCUGCUUCGAGGUCUUCGACCACCUGGGCGGCCACGGCUGGGAGACGGUGCGGAGCUUCCACAGAGCCGUGACGGACGAGAUCGAGGCCGGCCGGCGGAGCUGGAAGGAUGGCUUCGAAGACAUUAAGGCCCGCUUCUUCGGCAGCAGCAGGAAGCCGGUGUGGGAAGUGGAGCCCGUCCGAAAGUCGGGGCUGACCUCCAUCAAGCCGCCGCCCGGGGCCUCGGCGCCGGCUGGCCACCUGGAGCCGAAGGGCCGAAGGCCCGGCAGCUGCCCCGAGCUCGGGAGCUUUAAUAGCGAAGAUAUCUGUGGCUACAUCGACAGGAGCUUUGCCUUCUGGAAGGAGAGAGAAGCAGAGAUUUUCAACUUCGGAGAUUGA